AUGCCUGCCCAAGACUCUCAAGAUUAUGAUCCGCUUUAUAAGAUCAAACCAGUUAUUGAUCAUUUUGCACAUGUCUUCAAAAGACAUUUCCAUCCCUCGCAAAACAUUGCCAUAGAUGAAAGUACGGUAGGUUUUAGAGGUCGCACACCUCAUCUUCGACAGUACAUGCCGCAAAAAAGGCAUGCAAGGUUUGGUGUCAAGCUGUGGUGCCUUUGUGAUACUGAAACUGGUUAUACUCAUGCCUUUGAGGUGUAUAUGGGGGUCAGGCAGGAAGAUAGUAGUGGUGAGGGUUUCACUUACAAUUUAGUGAUGUGUUUGAUGAGGCAGGCUGACCUUUUAUAUCAAGGUUACCAUCUAGGACUUGAUAAUUAUUUUACUUCUCCCCAGCUAUUCCAGGACCUCUACAACAUGAAAACUACUGCUACUGGUACAGUAAGAAAAAGUAGGAAGGGGCUUCCAAAGAAUUGCGUAAAUGCCUCCUUGGCAAACCAGAAAGUGUGUGAAAGGAGGAAGAGACCUCUUUUGUGUGUUGCAUUCAAGGAUGGUAUAAACCAACCAAUUUUUCUUUCAACAAUAUCAAAGGGGGGUUAUUCUGACUAUACAAAUAGCAGGGGGAAGGUGGAAACAAAACCAAAUGUCAUUGAUUAUAACAAAUGUAAGGGGGGCGUCGACCUCAAAGACUCAAAGCUGUACAAGUAUUUGGCUGAGAGGCGUACAGUCAAAUGGACAACAAAGGUAGCCUUUGCUCUUUUUGGGACUGCUGUUCUAAACAGUUAUAUACUGUACAUAAAGCAUACAAGCUCCCAGAACAGAAUGCCACGAAAGCACUACAUGCUUUCAAUAAUUGAGGCUUUGGUUGAGGACUACAGACCGAAACGGCCAUCACACAAAAGAAGAAGCAAUGCAGAGAUUGCUGCAAGCAGGGAAGCUCGAAUUGAGCCACCUUCACAUGAGAUUGCAGUUCCUGAAGAUGUUCAUGAGUUACAUAAAUUGCCCAAAAGUAAGCUGAGAAUGUGUGUCGCUGGGCAUGAACGCAGAGUACGCUCUACUUGGGAAUGCCAAAAGUGUGAUGUUGGGCUUUGUGCUGCAUGCUUUGCUUCAUAUCAUAAGAAGAAAACAGAGUAA